UCAAAGGGGAGAGAGUAGAGGAUCACUUUGCGACCCACAAGGGUUGUUGUUUUUCCCCAUGCACUAUUUGUUUGCAAACCCGUGCGCACAAGGACUGCUAAAUGAUCCAGCGCACUCCUCCAAAGGACUCUCGGGACUUACGGCUUCGCUUUUUGUCUGAGAUCCGCUAGCAGAGAGGGCGCAGGAGCUCACUGAGCUGGAGGCAGUUUUGUUACAUGAACUCAGAGAAUCCCUGCGAUGGAAUGAACCACUGCAGAAACUUUCUUAAACUUCUGGAGAACUUCUUGUCGGCGUCUUUUGUUUUACUCCUGUAGGCCUACGUUUCUUUUUCAGUUUCCCCCAAUCAUGUAUGGAUAACGGGAGUUUCGCCCAAGAAUCCGGCUCAAAUGGAUCAUCGCUGACGGGUUUAUGGAGCCGGGAUUACACAGCGCAGUGCCAGCCUGUUGAACGCCCACACACGGGCCUAUCACACACCAUCUGCCUCGGAGUAAAUGACACUCUCCAGUUAAGACACUAUUCAUGGGAGUAGUGUAGAGGUUUUGCAUAUGACACUGUUGUGAGUUUUACCCUCUCUUGCAGCCAGAACAAUGGCAAGCUCUUGCUCUUUGGCACGGAGUGUCUGUAGAUGUGUUUGGCCUCUCGGUUGUGUGCUUCUGUUUUUUGGCUACUUUUCUGUGGCCUCGCCGUCCCACGGUAGAAGACUGAUAUGCUGGCAAGCCAUCAUGAACUGCCAAGCCGAGCCCGAGUGCAAUUACGCAUACGAGCACUACUCGCGCGCAUGUGGCCCCGUGCUGAACGGGGAGAAGAGGAAGUGCCCCAGCCACUGCAUCUCCUCGCUGGUGCAGCUAAAUCUGACCAAAAACGGGCCGGCUCUGGAGGACUGCAGCUGCGCGCACGACCCGGUGUGCACGGGCACCAAACGGGCCAUCGAGCCGUGCCUGCCCAGGACUACCAGCACCGGCUGCACGGAAGCCCGGCGCCAGUGCGAGAGAGACGGGCAGUGCAGCUCCUCCAUGCAAGACUAUCUGAAGCACUGCGGGAAACUUUUCAGCGGGGCAAUCUGCACAAACGCCUGCCGGAAUGUGAUCGCGAAUAUGCGUAAAAUACCCAAGGGUCAGCAGCUGGACACAUGCAUGUGUGACGGGACUGAGAGGGCCAUCUGUGAGUAUGUUAAGAACAGCAUGAAGACUCUGUGCUUCGACUCUCCGGUGAGGGAGGAGGGCAGCGGCUCAGACUACGACCAGUAUCCAGACGAUGAGGACCCCACGGAACUGUACAAUACAGAGGAGCUGGGCAGCGGAGCCCCUCUUCCAGCAGCCCACUGUGUGUUGACCCUGCUGGCAUCCAUCUUGGCUCUAUUGCCCCUCAUUUAAUCCCCGGGUUCAUAAUCUGCCCCGACUUUUGUCCGGAUAAAAGGCAAUCUAAACUUCUGUCACUCUUUGACCUUCGUCUAUUGUGAAAGGUUAGAGCCUCACAGACUAAAGGAGAUGGUGUUUGGGCGCAGACCUUGUUUGAGUAAAGAGUUGUAGACGCUGAAGGAUAACACAUCAGGAUAUUUUCUAUGCAAAUGGGACCAGAAAGUUAUUUUUAAAACUGCCUGAGUUGCAGGCUGCUCCUCUUAUCAAGCCACACCACUUCACGGCUCUCCAGAUGCUUUGCUUUAGUGAUAAGCUAAAUUAGAUUGUCUUCUUUCUCUAGGUCACAGACUCUGAUUGUAAAGUUGCCACAUAGAGACAGUUGUUUUGGAAACAAUGAAAGGCUUAAUCAGUAUGCUGUGCACUGCCAAUCUUUUAUUUCUUUCUUUCUUUUUUAAAGAUAUGAACUAUUUUUAUAUGACACUGUUGCCAUUUGGCACCAGGCUAUUUGAUUUACAAGUAUUUAAUGCUGGAAUCUAUGAACUGUAUAAAACUGUAAAUAGAUUAGGAGUUAAAGUGAAACAGUAAUUUAUUACAUGCCACCUAGUUACAUCCAAAUGUUCAUCAUGUGAAUAAAAGACUGAAUAUUCCA